AUGUCUGCCUGGCAUAAAGAUCUCAAAACCAUCCACCUUGAAAGCCACUGGAUGUCAGUUCAGCUCAGAUGGGCACAAACGACACAUAUCGAGGAGCGGAGGACGACCUUUGGUUUGACCUCGCUCGUCACGCUGUCGGUGGUCAUCGCGGCUGUGGUCGUGUCAGAGGUCAGCGGCGGGUUCUCCUGCGUGAGUCGUCCCUGCGUCCAUGGGAUCUGCGUCGACCAUCUGAACAGCUCGUACUCGUGUUUCUGCACCGACGGCUACACGGGGCUACAGUGCCAAACGGACUGGGACGAGUGCUGGUCCGCCCCGUGCCAGAAUGGUGCCACGUGCGUCGACCAGGUAGCGGCACUCAGCUGUUUGUGUCCGUCGGGUUAUACGGGGGAGUUUUGCGAGAGUGAAAUCAACGAGUGCCAGAGUAACCCGUGCCAAAAUAAUGGCACUUGCAUCGACCUCUUGGACCACUACGUGUGCACGUGUCCGGUCGGCUAUUCAGGUGUCAAUUGCGAAAUAGAUGUGAGUGUCUGCAACGCCACGGACUUGUCUAUCGGCGACGGCCCCAGGUGUCUCCACGGGGGCGUGUGUGUGGACGGCCCCGCCCUCACCUACACCUGCGACUGCCCCUCAGUGGGACAUUGUCUAUGCACAUCAAGGAUUAUUCGAAUAAUGGCGGUAUCUGGCAUCUCAUGCAUCAUCAUGAAAUCGGAAUAUCGCAUAGAUACGACUCCUAUUAAGAUCAAAUCCGGUGACGUACGGUAUGCCAAAGAGCAGUGCUGCAACGACACAGUAGAACGUAAUUUCUUUUUGCCAGUCUCUGCAAAGCCUUCGUCUCGAACCAUCUCGCUAGCGCCACCGACUCUGUCAUGGGACCUUGUCUAUGACUUAUGUCAGUUCGUGUCAUGUGUCACUAACGGUUAUGAGAGCGGUCUGGAGACGGUUAUGAGUGCUAGUGAGGACGGUUAUAAAGGUGGAUUUGAAAAUUUGAAUAUAAACGGUUAUGAGAGUGGUCUGGUGACGGUUAUGAGGACGAUUUUAAAAUCAAAUACGAAAACGUUUAUGAAGACGGUUACGAAGGUGCUUGUGAAAAACGGAAAUAAAAACAGUUAUGAAGAACGGCCUGGAGACGGGUGGAGCGGCCGGGCAUGCGAAGCUGAUGUGGACGAGUGCCUGGCCACGCCCUGCUUACAUGACGCGGUCUGUCUCAACACCGGAGCUUUUGCCUGCGCCUGUCAGUUCGGAUACACGGGGAGGCUUUGCGAGGACGCCGUCGUGUUCUGCGAGGACAACCCCUGCGAGAACGGCGCCCUCUGCGUCAUGGAGAACAACAACGCCACCUGUUAUUGUGUUCCGGAUUUCCACGGGUCGCAGUGUCAAGAUCAGUAUAACGACUGCCUCCCGUAUGCCCCAAGGUGCAUGAACGGCGGCUCCUGCAUCGACGGCAUCGACAGCUUCUUCUGCAGCUGCCCGAGCGCCGCGUCGGGUCCUCUGUGCGAGUGCGCCGUGACUGACGCAGGCGAGGAGUGCGCCGAGCUCCCUUCGUGGUUCGACGGGCGGCCCUUCCAGCCAGUGGGUUCCGGGGAGACAGACGUCUAUCACCAGUGGUUCAACGCCACGCACUUCGCCAACGUGACGGAAAUCAGCGUCAUUGACACCCUCCCUCCCCCCUCCCCGACGGACGAGGCCCCCCUGUAUCCAACCGUAACUGUAGAUUAUGACUUUUCCAGUGAAACGUUGAGUCCGAGUUUCGAUUCCGCGACUAGUGUCCUGCGGUCGACGCUGCGGGACCCCAAGGACUUCCCAACUGUGUCUUCUGUGAUAAGUGCCAAAGUAUCCCUCGAGUAUACCGAGCUAAUAACUGCCAGUGUGCCUUACUCUUCCAGCGAACUGUUUACGCCUCUCUUUCCUUCCACUGCCAUGGAAUGGAGCGAAUCGAUGUCCACGCAGCCAUCACCAGUGCUUCCAGAUCUGCCUUCCUCUCUCUUCCCGGAGGACGUCUCCACGGCGCCUUCCGAGGCCGCCACCGCGACCGCUGUCACUUCCUUGAGUCCGACCUUGGUGCUGGAGAGCUCGUUCUCGACGGCCGCGCCCGAUCUGCAUUCCUUGUCUGUCGUGUCGGAGGUCGAAGUGAGUACGUCGCCCUUGUUGGUCACUGUAGCAGCGCUAGAGCCCACACCCGAGUUCCUUCCUACCCCUAGCUCGCUACUCCUCGUCUCGCCAGUCCCGGUAGAUGCUACAGAUGUAACGUCAGUCAUGGUAGAUGUACAUAAUGUAACGUUCGUCCCAGUAGAUGCUACAGCUGUGACGUCAGUAAUGGUAGAUGCCACAGAUAUUACGUCAGUCCUGGUAGAUACUACAGCUGAAACGUCAGUCCCGGUAGAUGCUACUGCUUCCCCGCCAACCUCUGUUGAUCUUGGCAACGCGUCGCUUGUUCCCGACUUCACAGGGAACGAAACUUUUGCACCAGGGACUGACCUAGUAGUCACCCCCUCGCUUCCCAGUGAAACUUCCACAGCCGAAGACGUCACGGCGGGGCUUUCAACUCCUGUGCCUGAGACCACAGAUCUUCCAGACAACGUAAGCGAUUAUCUUACAGACCAAGAUAAUGUAACUGAGCCCUUCCUCACUACCGAAGACAGUGUCUUGGGCUCCGAGCUCCCCAGCCUCACCACCCCCUACACCCCCGAGGAGAGCUUCAAUGUCACCGAAACUGUGGCUCCUGUGACCGACCUCGUGACCCAGACUGACCUCUCCACCACGCAAGUCCCCGACGCAACAGACGUGACGAGAACGCCCGUGGUGAGGACGACGCCCGCGCCAGACUACGAGGACUCGGGCGGGAAUGCGACUGACGGGACUUCGACUGAGACAGCUCUCGUGACGUCGACUCUUUCUGACCUUGAUAAUUUGACCUCCGCCGCCGAUUCUACCACCGAUAUAUUCUCCACAACAGAUGCGAUUUCCGAGACCGAUACCACAUCCUCAUUCUACGACACUACUCAGUUAACAACAGAUCAGGUGACUUCCACAGACUUAUAUGAUGUCAGUAUUACAACACCCGUCGUUGAUUUCACAGAGGUACCUACGACACCCGCAACAGCUGACGAUACAACAAGCGCUCUUGAUACUAUGCCGACAACAGGGUUUGCUGACACUACACAAACGACAGAUGAUGCUGACACUAUGCCAACAUCAGACUUUAUGGGAACACCACCAACGACAGAUUUUGCCAUCAUACAAACGACAGAUUUUGUCAGCACACAAACCAUAGAUUUUACCAGCACACAAACAGAUUUUACCAGCACACAAACGACAGAUUUUGCCAGCACGCCAACUACAGAUUUUGACAGGACGCCAACUACAGAUUUUACCAGCACACCAACGACAGAUUUUGCCCGCACACCAACUACAGAUAUCGGAGAGACAUCAACAACAGUUGUAGAUGAAACAACAAUAAGUAUACCUACAGAAACAACCACAUUAACAAGUGAUGAAACUUUAACUACUGUCCAUUUAACAACAGAGAGCACCGAUGUUGUAGAUACAACAUUAACGGUAGGUGUUACUGACACUGCAAUAACAGCAGAGACUACACAAACAACAGAUGUCACCAUCGAAGCACAAACAACAGAUGUGUCAUUAAUUAGUCAUCAAACAACAGACAUUGUAAGGUUUACGGAAACUCAGACGGAAAUCUCCACAGAAUACACUGAGCCAACACAAACCACGCCCCUCACAGACAUAACAGAAUAUGCUACUGUUGAUACGACGAGUCUCACUCCUGUUGCCACCGAAGACUCAACGACAUCAACAGAGGCGGCGGUGGACGUCACCUCAGAGACUCCCGUGACGCUGGAGUUGAUUCCCGAGGAGCACGUGUACACCCAAGCUUCUGCCGUGGGAGUCCUCGCCACCACGACGGAAACUCCCGAGGACUUGGGGACAGACGCAGACGCAAAGACAGACGCAGGGACGAGCACAUUGCCCUCGACGACCAAGGCAGACGAGCCUACAGACAUGGCGCUCACGACAGUCAGUCUUGUUGACCAGUUUACCAUUGUGACGGAACCAAGUGUAGAGCCAAGGAAUGUGACGAUCCCCGACGACGAGCUGCUCUAUAACGCCUCCUUGGGCUCGAGCACGACCCCCGCUGACGAGCCGACGACGACGACGCCAAUCCCUGCCGCAGCCGUGACCUCCACGACUCAGACUCCUGACGGGACAGCCAUACUGCCGACGACUGACCUGCAGCCUUCAGCCACGCACGUUUCUCUUACGAUGACGACCUUCUCUUCCCCCCUCCCGGCGGCGCCCGCGACCACAACGAAGGUCCCGGUGUCCCCCACGCCCACCACCGCCCGCGAGACCGACGUCCCCGUGGAGACCCCCGACUACACGGGCAGCCCGAGCGAGAAGGAGCCCGUCUUCGACACGACGACGCCGCCGACGGGGUCGCUGCCGCCGCAGUUGGUGACCUCCGCAACGACCUCGGAGACUCAGAGUGACCAGGCGCCCCCGGCACAGUGCGGGGACGGCUUCUGCCUCAACGGAGGGACCUGCGUCACCCGCGACGCAAAAUCCUCCUGCAAGUGUCCUUUCAACUACAAGGGCGCCUACUGUGAGUUCUACUUCUACAUCAACAAACCGUAUUUCGUGGGCGCUUCCUACCUGGGCGUGGACGUCGGCAACCUCUCUCUCAGGCAGGGCGUCCAGGUUUACGUCCAGUUCACGUCGCAGAGUCCCAACGGCUUGGUGGCCUACAGCGAGGGCCCCAGCGACGCCUUCUUCAUGCUGCUCCUGAGGAACUCGUUGCUGCAGUUCGUGUUCUCGUGUGGCCUGCAGACCGUGUCCUUCCUGCAGGGGAACGAGAAGCUGGCCAGGAACUUUCGCACGGAUGUGUCUGUGAGGAUGUGGUGGACCCCAUAUGAGCCCGACGUCCCCUGGGGUGCUGGCAAGUGCAGUGCGUCUUUGCAGGUCAAUGACACGUCACCCAUCUACAGCGAGCAGAGGUCAUCAACUCCCUCGGUCCGCCUAGGUCACGUGUACCUGGGGGGGCUCCCGUCCUCCUACUCCUCCCCCCUGGUGGUCAAGGCGGGGUUCCUGCCGCGUCUGCGCGUCAACGGGCGUGAAAUUGACACGUGGGUGCAGGGGGUGGCCGGCGAGGGCGUGCAGGAGUGUGGGACGGCGCUGUGUCCUCCGGGGUCCUGUCUCAACGGCGGCUCCUGUGUCCCGGGUCCUGCUGUCUGGUCCUGCAACUGUCCCCGGGUACCACGGCGAACUGUGCGAGCGUGCAGAGUGUACCGGGGGGUCGCCUUGUCACAGCGGCCAGUGCGUGACAAGUGUACUCCGCCCAAAUCCUCUUUGCAUCUGUCCCCCGCACCGUCACGGCCUCUAUUGCGAACUCGCCUCUCUCCUCCUCCAGAACGAGUGGUAGAACGACCCUCUUACGCCGGUACAGUCGAGGGUUACAGCUCGUACUCGGUCUACAGGGUCGAGGAGGACGUCACACUCGGUCUUGCUUUGAGACUACACUUCACGACGGAGGCGCUGCGGCAGGUGGGGUUAAUCGCCUACAUUGGCAACAGCGUAAGGAGUGCCACCCGCGACUUCCUGGCACUCAGUCUCGUCCGGGGUCACCUCAUGCUCACUUGGGAGCUCAUGCUCACCUGGGACCUUGGCGCAGGCCCCAGGCGAUUGAUGACGUCAGAGGCUUUGGACGGCAGACUGCACACCCACACGGCGCUGCUGGUGCGGGAGGGGAAGCGGGCGUGGCUGCAGGUGGACACGCAGAAGAACGUGACAGCGACGUCACCGGGAUACUUGUCUUCCCUCAACACGAAUAAUCUGCUUUAUAUCGGUGGACACUCCUCCUGGAACAUGACUCACCUGCCGGCGGACAUGUGGCGCCACGAGGGAUUCCGAGGCUGCGUGUUCGACCUGCGGGUGGCGCGGAAGCCCUCCGGCCCUUGGACUGCCCUGAGGGUGGCGGGGGCGGCGAACGUGAGGGAGUGCGGGGAGGCGGUCUGCUCGAGGGACUCCUGCAAGAAUGGCGGGACGUGCAUCGAGGUCGGCGCUACGUACAGGUGUCACUGCACGUCGGGUGGAAAGGCCCCCGCUGUGAAGUCCCGAGCCACGUGUGCGAGGGGAACCAGCUGUCCUGUUCCCCCGGAGCCUCCUGCCUGCCCGCCGCGUCACCUGGCUCCUCGUCCACUUGCCUCUGUCAGAUCGGACGAAGUGGUCCUCGCUGUGAGAAAGGCCUAUAUAAAUAAGAAAGAAAAUUAUAUGAGUCUUAAAAAGGUCUUUAAAAAUGCGGUCAACAUCACGGACCCCCACUUCUCCGGCGUGGGUUCCUACCUGAGCCUCCUCGCGCCCAACAUCAGGAAGGAGACGCGCAUCGCCUUGGCCUUCAAGCCGGAGAGUCCCGAUGGGGUCUUGUUCCUCGCGUUGCCCAGAGCUUCUCCGGGCGAUUUCCUGGCUCUCGCGCUCGUCAACGGGACACUCCAGUUUACCUAUCAUCUGGGCUGGCGCGCUCCUGGCCUGACCCUCAUCCGAUCACGUGACGCUGCCGUGACGGGGGAGUGGCAGAGGGUGACGGCGACGCGACGGGGUGGUGACGGGGCCCUGUCCUUCCGAGGCCACACCACCACUGCAGCGUCUUCGGAGGACAGAGCCAGCAUGCUCGAUGUCCAUGCAGAGGUGUUCGUGGGAGGUGUCCCGGACUACGAGGUCGUACCGCCAGCAAUAGGGCCCGCAGCCAGUCGUGUGGCUUUUCGUGGGUGCAUCCGAGAGGUCAAUAUCAACGGCCACGACUUCGACAUGAGGGCUCCUGACGACGGGGAAGUCCUGCGAGGGGCGGGUCUCGAGGACUGCGACGGCACGGCGUGUGGGCGGCACGUCUGUCUGCACGGCGGCACGUGCACUCCGGCAGGGGAUACGUUCGUCUGCAGCUGUACAGAGGAAUACACGGGGGCGAGAUGCCAGCUUCCCCGCGCGUGCCUUGACCACUCCUGCAUCAACGGAGGGACCUGCUUGCCUUCAGAGAGCGCAGGGAACAAGAAGAAGAAAAGGCGACGUCAGACCCCGAGCCGAGACGGAGAAAGGGCGCCACGGUAUCAGUGCCUUUGUCCUCCGGGCUUCGUGGGCACUCGAUGCGAGAAAGGAGCGGAGGUUGCGGCCCUGAAGUUCAGUGGGAGGAGCUUCGCCGCGGUGCCCCAGGGUCCCUUCGGCAGCCCCGUGCCCCACAGGGACUCCUUCGCUCUCAACUUCUCCACGGCCGCGCCCCACGGACUCAUGCUGUGGCGAGGACAGCCCGACGCCCCCGUUGAGGACUUCCUAGGUGUGGGCGUCGCUGGUGGGCGGGUGAAAGUCGUGUGGCAUUUGGGCGGAGAUGGAGUCGGCCAACUGCAAGUAGAAGAGCGAGUGACGGAUGGGUCUUGGCAUAGCUUGGUGGUGACGCGCGCGGGCCGGUGGUCACGGCGUUCCUGGAUGGCCGGCCGCACAAAGGGAAGAGCCCGGGUACCUUCUCGCAGCUGAACGAUCGCGAUGGUGUGGUUUACGUGGGCGGGCUCCCUCCCGACACGGACGUGGCAUCGGGCACAGACGGCCACUUCCUCAGCGCUUUCGUCGGGUGCCUGAGGGGCGUGACGGUCCACCAGGGCUCCUCCCCCGUCAGGUUCUCCUCCCUCUCCCGCGGCCAGGACCUGCAGCCUUGCUUCUGAGGGGCUCCCGCUGCGCUCUCGGGAUCUGCGGAAAACUUGGUGGCCUUUUCGGGAUCGUGUUGGGGCGAAGGCGGGGUAAAGGGGGGCCGUGUUUUGGAGUUUUUUCUGAAGAAAUUUUGCUCUAUUGCCGUGUUGGAAGUGGUGGAAAGAAAAUAUGUAUACAGACAACCAAAUAAACAAAUACAUACAUACAUGUAUACAUACAUAUACAUAGAUACACAUACAUACAUACACAUACAUAAAGACAUACAUAGAUACGCAUACACAUGUACACAUACAUAAAGACAUACGUAGAUAUACAUACAUACACAUACAUAAAACAAAUGCAUACAAAAAAAAACAUACAUGCACCUUUAUAUCAUUUUUUUCGUGAACAUAAACGCUAUUGAUCUUAAGCCUUAUGUACGUGUCGUCCUAAGAUUCCUGAGAUUAAAAAUAAUCACUGCCAGAACAGCUGUAAAUAAAGCGUUGACAGAUCUUAAAGUGUUCAUCGUAGAACUUAUCAUGUUGCAUAUAUUUUAUCAUAGCUUUAAAAGAAAAAAAGUUAAUGUUUUGCAAUCUUUAACGUUUCUAUGUGAAUAUUUUAUCACUUCUAUUUCUAUGUAAUGUAGAUAAGAUUUAGCAAUCAGUUAAGUGGAAUUUCUGGUUCCGAAAGUGCACCAAAAAAAAUUAACUCGAGUAUGAUAAAACAAAUAUUCAUACUGUAGUUUUUUCAUGGUAAGUGUAUAUAAAUUUAUAUUUUUGUUGAAAUCAAUCUCUCUGUUUAUCAUUAAUGUCUCUUGCUGUAUCAAUAACUAGUGGACGUUAGGUGAUGUUGGGACCAAACAUCAGCGUAUGUGGGACCUCCGUUUUCUAUUUAUAUAGAUGGUCCCUUUAUAUCCGUCACGUGACAGAUAUUAUACUCCUCUCAUAAGUGGGAUUUAUUUACUCAUUAAAAAAAGAUAUCUGCAUUUAUUUUUAUUUUCUUAUCUAUUUGUCAUCAUUGAUUAUAUGUUUAUAUUAAGCUAUUGACAGUGUAUUCUUCAUAACAUUAUUGUUUAAAAUCCAAAAACGUCUUCUUUGUAAAUAUGUCGAGUAUGCAUGUAUUGCAGUGUUGAUUUUGCAAUAGCCAAGUUGCUAUUACUUGUCAUUCGCAUUUCCGAGUGAAUUUCAACAUUAAUGAAAUGUCUUUAAGAAUCUCUAUGAAACUGCAGGUAUAAAUACAAUCUUAAAAA